AUGGGUCCUAUGUCAGAGCGGGGUGCGCCUCCGCUUCCGAAACUAUGUCGCCGAUUAACCAUCUUCCACGAGGAUCCGAUUAACUCAUCCUUCAAAGCUCGAAAGAACAUAGUCACUAUAGUGUUCAUAAAACCAUGCACCGCAGCUACGGACAGCCCCGCUAAUGACGUGAGAAAGAAGAUGGUAAGGAUAAGACGAGAGGCCAUGGCAACAGUUUCUCAUCCUGGCGGGGACUGCCCGCCGGUCCCUAGGCUCCCAUCCAUCGAUGGCAAACUAUCGAUACAUCGAUACAUCGCUCCCUUGGCAUCGAACUCCCGCUCCGCGAGACUGCUUGCCUUCCACCAGCCUUCAGUUCCUUCUCCGUUUAGGAUUGCACUGUCCCCCUUCGAGACCGAUUUAAAGCUCUUUCAUUGUUCCUUAUCUUGA